ACUCCAACAGAAAGUAGUAACAAACUCUCAACAUUUCUCCUUCUCUUCUUCCUUUUCUCUCAUUCCUUCAUUUUCUUUUUCUCUUUAUUCUCACUUCACUCUCCAAAUGCUACUAAUGAAAUUCUAGAAACUUCUUCUCUCUUCACCUUCAUCUUCCAUCGUUCUCUUCUCGAUUUUAUAAUUGAACGAUGGACUAUGAGGCUUGUUUUAAAAGGAAAUUUGAUGAUAGCAAUUCCUUGCAUAUUAAAGUUAAGAAAUCAAAGGUGUCAACAUAUGAUGAUCACGACAAAGAUGAAGAUGAUAUUCAUUUGUCCGAUAAUUCGUUUUCCUCGCUGAAGAGAGACCUUGCAUUGUUAGAAAAAUUAUUUGAGGAAGGCAGAAGGAAGACGAGAGUAGAAGAGAAGAGAUUGCAGUUCAUAAAGAGAGAGAUUGAGGAGUGCUGCAAAGUGCUUGAAAGUAAGAAAAAGAAAGUUAGUUUUGUUAGAAGAAUGAAAGAAGCUCACAAUAAAAUGCAGGGGAAAAUUGAAGAAUGUAUGCAGGAUUUUGUAGUGAAGGAAGGACAGCUCUAUUUGAUGGAGGAUUUGAUUGGCGAACGCACGCAAGAGCUCAAGACGAAAGAGAUUGAACUUAAUCAAGUAAAGGGUUACAUUUCAAAAGAAAUAGAACUCUGUCAAGUUAUUGAUAAAAUUGAUAAGGACUGUGGGAGGAAGGAAGAUGAAUUCAAGGCUCUUUCCCACAAAAUUGCUGAAUGUACUGUGGAACUUAAGGCCAAAGAGAAGGAACUCGAUGCAAUGAACAGAUUAAUUGCCGGGCAAGCAGAAGAAUUAGAGUCCAAAAGGAAGAAGUUAGAGGGUAAAGAAAGGGAGUUUGAAUGUCAAUUGAAAGAGUUGGUAUCGAAACAAAGGCAUUUGGAAAGCCGAUUGGAGGAGCUUGAGUCAAAUGAGAAGCAUUUUGAAAUCCGAUUAAAGGAGCAUGAAUCAAAAGAAAGAGAUUUUGAAGGCCAAGUGAAGGAGAUGGAAUCUAAAAAGAAGCACUUUGAAAGACGAGUCAAUGAGUUAGAGUCAAAAGAGAACAUACUUGUAGGGCGGGUGAAGGAGUUUGAAUCCAUAAAGAAGGAAUUUGAAUUACCCUUGAAGGAGUUGGUAAAGGAACUGGAAUCAAAACAGAAGCAUUUCAAAGGCCGAAUGAAGGUGUUUGAGUCUACAAAGGAGCAACUUGAAGGCAAAGUAAAGGAGAUGAAAUCUCUAAAGAAGCACUUUGAAAGACGAGUCAAUGAGUUAGAGUUAAGAGAGAAGAUACUUGUAGGGAGGGUGAAGGAGUUUGAAUCGAAAAAGAAAGAAUUUGAAUUGCCCCUGAAGGAGUUGGUAAAUAAACUGGAAUCAAAACAGAAGCAUUUCAACCGCGGAAUGAAGGUGCUUGAGUCUAUAGAGCAAAUUGAAGGCAGAGUAAAGGAACUUGAAUCAAAAGAGAGAGAACUUGAAGACCAUGUGAAGGACAUUAAAUCAAAAGAGGAGGACCUUGAAGAUCGAGUGAAGGACAUUAAAUUAAAGGAGGAGGAACUUGAUGGUCGAGUUAAGGAGUUCGUAUCAAAUAAGAAGCAUUUUGAAAGCCAAUUUCAAAACUUCAAAUCAAAAGAAAAGCAAUUUGAAGGAUUGAGGAAAGAAUUUGAAUUAAGAAAGAAUAAGUUCAAGGUAAAGGUUAAGGUGCUCAAUUUAAAAGAGAAGCUGUUUGGAGGACAAGUCAAAGAUCUUGAGUCAGAGAUGAAUAAAAUUGAUAGACAACUAAAGGAGCCCGAGUUGACAGAUAAACAAUAUGAAGUAUUAACAAAAUAUAUUGCUGAAGAAAAAGAUUCGGUUACGUCUUACAUGGAUUAUCAAUUAAGUGCUACCAUUGAUGGAACAGGAUUGCAGUUGGAUAAAUAUGAGAAAGCUGAUGAGGUUGAGUCACUUUGCAGUGAUGUUUUAGUUAAUAUGCUAGAAUCAUCAGAUCCAGCAAAACUUGUUUUGGAUAUAAUAUUGAACCCCACUAUUCCACUUUGUGAUAAGAAAGGAGACAAUGCUGUGAUUAUUAAUGAUAGUUGCAUCUAUCUGCUAGAACAACUGAUGACAAUCACACCAAAUAUCAAACCUUGUGUGCGAGAAGAAGCAUUGAAGCUAGCACUUGACUUGAAAGCUAACAUGAAAGAAAAUGCUGAAAAUUCUUUGGGGGCCCUUGGUUUUCUACUGCUUUUGUCGAUUUAUGGAUUGGUUACUUUUUUUAUUGAAGAUGAAAUUUUGGAGCUUUUUGAAUUUGUUGCUCAUCACAAGAUAGCUUUGGAGCUGUUUAGAACCCUUGGCUUUGCAAAUAAAGUUUCUGUUGCAGAUUUUGUUGAGAAUCUUAUCAAGAAGAAGCAGUUUAUUGGAGCUGUUAGAUUCAUUUGUGAAUAUAACUUGGCUGACAAGAAUCAGCUAGUUGAUCUCUUGCAAGAACAUGUUCAGAAUGCCAAACUGAUUUGUGAGACCAAUUGUAAGAACAACAACUCCAUUGAAAUCAAGGAUAAGGCCAGAGAUCAAGAAAUUGCUAGUCUGGGAACUGUUCUACGGUGCUUUUCAGAUCACAGCCUAGAACCUAAGGAUCUGCUUGAGAAGAUCCUUAGGACAUCAAGGUAGAAAAGGACAUCAAGGAAAUAAGCUUUGUAAUGGAACAACUUAAUGUAAAAAUGCAGUAAUGGUUUGUAAAGUUUUCCGACAAUAACCUUUUAAACACAUUUGUUAUUUAUAAAAUCGACACAUUUAUUGAUUUACACUACUUAGAAAGAAUAGUGUUUAAACUAUUCAAGGUUUUAAAUAAAAGUAUAUUUCCAAGAUAUAAGACACAAUAAGACGGUAUCUGCGAUACUAUUUUUCUGCAUUACA